GGUCUCUCUCACGGCCGAGGGCCUUUCAACUCGGCCUGUAUUUCUCGUACAGUCUCUCGCAAGGUGUGGUUCGCGACGCAGUCGACGGAAGUAUGUGUGUCGCCGCGGGAUCAACAAGUGUCGCGCGCGAGAGAUCCACGUCCGGCGAAUGAUCGAGACACCCAGUGUGUCGCUCGUAGUCGUUUCCCGGUUGUACGAGAGUACGCGCGAUUUCAACAAAAGCGCGAGUGUGCCGCUUUAUCCGAGUGUAUAUGCGAGACUAAUCGAGCUCUCGAUCUUCGCGAGGAAAUUCCCGAAGAAAGACCGGACAGACCGCGUCUUCGCGCGACGCGGCGCGUCGUCGCGAUCGAUCGGGAUUUGUUCGCAGUUUGUGCGAGACGCGAUCGACGGACACGACGCUCUGUCCGUAAAAUCUCUUCAUUGAGUAUUACAGGAUUUAUUUACAGUGUGUGUUUUUUUGUAUGUACGCCGGAGCGGCGCCACGACACACGUGACCUUUUCACGAAUUUGUUUGGCGCGCAUGUUGCGCGCCUGAUGAACGCGUUUUUGGAGAGAACUGAACACGCAAAUAUGAGGACCGAAAUGUCAAGGAUAUUGCUGUUCCUGGCUUGCUGCUCGCUCGCAAGAGUGCUGGGAUUACCCAAUGGUGCACCAGCCUCCAUAUGCUCGGAUCUGAUGCCUCGUCAUCCCGACUCCUCCCUCCAGUUGUCGUAUCCUCCUUAUCAGGUGUUACCCGCAAUCGGACAAGGCAGAGUGCGGCUGGUCCUGGGAAGUCCCCAGGGUCUCGCGUACGAGGGUUUCAUGAUCGUUGCCAGGGACGUUGACACCGGCGAGUACGUUGGCGAAUUCGCAAAUUUGCCCGAGUUGGCAAAACCCGUGGAAUGCAUUCCGGGUGUGAAGAACGCCGUGACUCACAUGAACACUAGCAAGAAGCACAAUCUUGAAUUCGAUUGGGAGGCUCCGUUCGAUUACGAGGGUACCAUUAUCUUCAAUUCCACGUUCGCUCAGGAUUACAGCACGUACUGGGUCGGCGUCGAGUCGUCCAGGGUUACCGUUGACAAGCGGUCCAUCGACGUGUCGGCUGCACCUUUGCCCAUAAGUACGUUCAGAACCACCACACCGCCCUACUACAGCCCCGCAGUCGAUUAUGCGACGAAAGACGUGGAGGACCCGUUCUACACAGGCUGCCACACGACGAAGAACUGCUUCGGCGCGCCCCCGGGCUGCAUAAAAACCAAGAAUUGCAUCGCCGUUGUGGCCGUGAUCGUGCAGGGCGACCAAUAUCACUUCGAGAUGCAGGCGCGCGAAAAGGCCAAAUACGUCGCCGUCGGUCUGUCGGACGACAAGAAUAUGGGUGACGACAGCGUAGUCGAGUGCACGAAGGAGAACGACGAAAUUGCGUUACACAUGUCUUGGAAUUCCGGAAAGCGUAACACGCGCCAUACGACGCCGGAAGGAGCGGUCCAGCUGGAGACAGGCACGGUCAAAGAUGACAUGAUUUAUUGCAAGUUUCGCCGGGACAAACUCACUACCCUUCAGGGACGAACGUACGACCUUGUCAACACGCCGUAUCAUCUUCUCGUGGCCGCUGGCGACAAUCUGAGAGGAAAUGGCGUUGACUUUCACAGUCUUGCCUAUCUUGGGACCAGCACUUCGAAGAGGCUGUCCGAUGUCGGAGAAUGGACUGCAGCAAGCGACCUGCUGAUUCGCCUUCAUGGCGCGCUUAUGCUGGCAUCGUGGAUCGGAACGGCUUCCAUCGGGAUGCUACUCGCGAGAUAUUACAGACAGACUUGGGUCAACUCCCAGUUGUGCGGAAAGGAUCAUUGGUUUGCUUGGCACAGGUUCUUUAUGGUGCUUACCUGGUCGAUGACGAUCGCGGCCUUCGUGAUAAUAUUCGUGGAACUGGGCACUUGGAGCACCGAGACGUUCCACGCUUCCUUCGGCCUAGCCACCACAAUACUAUGCUUUAUUCAGCCCUUCAUGGCGGCCAUGAGACCGCAUCCUGGAGCGCCGCGAAGAGCUCUCUUCAAUUGGGCUCACUGGUUCGUCGGUAAUAUAGCGAAAAUAUGUGCGCUAAUCGCGCUCUUCUUUGCGGUGCGGCUGAACAAGGCCAAAAUUCCGGAAUGGGUCGACUGGAUUCUUACCGCAUACGUUGUAUUCCACGUUUUAACCCACCUCGUUCUCACGUUCCUGGGAUGCGUUUCUGACAGGCAAGCUAGUCAGAGAGUGAAUUCAUUCCCUAUGAAAGACAUGCAUUCUCGUGGAUCAAUGGUGCAUCCGGAUGCGAGACGAGACGCUCCACACUCCAGCGCGCGGAAGUUCAUUUUCGGUGUGUACUUUGUGGUUAUCGUCGCGUUCGCUGCAGUCCUCAUAGUGAUCACCGUGUUGGCACCUAUCGAGGAAACGUGGACCUCCUUCACCAACACCAUCUCGAGUUACUGAGGUCGCUAAUCAACGCCGUGGAAACAUUCGUCUGUCGCUAUACGAUAAUACUCGCGCGGAAGAUUCCGACGCGGAUAGAGACGACGAUGACGACGACGACGACGACAACGACGACGACGACGACGACGACGAUUCCCGCUGCGACUUUCUGUAUGCAAAUUAACUCAGAAGAAUACGUGUAAAUCUCUGACCCGUGUAAAGAUUCAAAUUUACUCGUGACAUAGUGCAGACAAAGACGAAGAAAUUGCCGAGCGACGCGGAAGAUUGUUGGAGUGUUUUGUUUUUAUUUUCUGGAAAAAUCGAUCGCGCAAACUACAUACAGUCUGUACACGACGGUAUACAUUUAUUGUGUUUUGUUUCUCGUUAUUACUUGAUUAUUGUUUCUUUAUCAAAAGUUUUGUAAAAAUUUAAGUAAUGUUUUUGUUUAUAGAAAAUACGCGCGUAGGUAAUUUUGUAUAAUCGCGUUCUUUUACGGCUGUCACGUGUAAUACCAUCGCGAUGUUAAUAUAAUCGCGAGGAUUAAUAACAUACGUAUGUGCUCACAAAAGCGCAAUCACCUGUGACGUUUUUUGAUUCUUGUGUUUACAUUUAUAUUGAAAACGGAACGUAUAUAUUCGUUUACGUAUACAUAUUCAUACGACUACCGAAUCAAAUGAUUGAGAGGUUGAAAGUACACAUGUGUAUUCGAGACCUCAAAACAAUUGAGAUAAAAUCGGACGAAAUGAUUAAUGAAGAUAUUUUUUGUCAUUAAUCCGCGAUUUCAUCAAACCACAAGGUAGCAAAGAUAGAGUGGAUGAUACUGUAUCAUGUCAUUUUAUCGCAAGUAUUUUUAGUUGUAUCAGAGUAUACAUGCGAACAAAAGAUAAAAAUCUAUUUUUGAAACUAUUUAAUAGGUAAUUACAAUAUAUUUUUGUAUUUAUAUGUCGCACAUUAAUAUUGAGUAAUAAUAAAAAAUAAUAAUAAUCGUCGGAUUUCAUUAAUUUUCUUCCACAUUUGCGCGUUAAAUUCUCGCAAUUUGGAUUUUCAAGAUAUUAUACAGUGUAUAAUACACACCACUUAAUAGUUCGUCUUUAUACAAAUUAUUUAAAAAAAAAACCAAGCAUCCAAUUUUUCAAUUAAAUUUAAUUCAAAUUAUAAUGUGUUCAAUUUACACUUCAAAUAUUUCAAAUACAUCCAGCGCUCGGGUUCUUCCACCGGCUUUUCAUUAAUUUUCUCGUAGUAAAAUAUUUUUAUUACAAUUUAAUAAAAAUUUAUGAAAAUUAAAUUUUGCAAUUUAAUCAAAUCUAGAAGAAAAUCAGCGAAAUCGUAAAAAACCGUUCGUAAGCAUAAGAUUUAAUUAAAUAAUCGCAGCUACAUAUUACGAAGUUUUUCUAUGAUUUCUUGUGUAAACGGUGCUUUUCUACUCUUGUAUACAUAUAAUUAAUUAUAUUAUAAUUAUUUAUAAUAAAUUUACAAACACAGUAUUAAAUGUAGCUUUUUUAACUACUUUUGCUACUUUACGAACUUUUAUAUCUUACGUUGCUCUAUUACUGGCUGGAUCUCUAUGAGCGAUCGCGACCGGCCAAUAAUGGCGAAUAGAGUAACGUUGUUAGCCUUAGCGUGACUGUUAAUAACUAUAUAUAUAUAUAUACACACACAUACACAUGCAUAGUAUUAUACAUACAUGGACUCCGAAUCCUGUCAAUAACCAUAAGAUGGAUUAGAUAAACAAGUUUACCAUGUCCGGGAAUAAAUUGAUAGCAUGAAAAUGUAUGGGAUAUUCAUGAAAAGCGAGUUACACGCGAGCGUGUUAGUUAUAAUAAGAUAGAAAAAUUGGUUUAUUAUUCUGCGUGAAUGUUGAAACGAUGUUUCGUGUUAAAACAGCUGUUAAAACAAUUUACUUCUUUUUUUAA